AUGGCAAGCUCACCGAGUACAGAUUCUGGCGACAAAGUUAACGAUUUAAGGAACAAAACUGAAGACUUCUUCACGAAUGAAAAUGGCUAUAAAAUUUACUGUAAAUAUUGGUGCAGCGAUAUGAAAUCGCCAAGAGGUCUGGUCUUCAUGUGUCAUGGUGCAGGAGAACAUUGCUUGUACUACACAGAAUUAGCCGAACUUCUCAGAGCCAAGGAAUUGUUUGUUUUUUCUCAUGAUCACCAGGGAAAUGGUCAAAGCGGAGGACCCCGUAUGCACAUCAGUGACUUUAGGCAUUACACCAGGGACGUCUUUCAGCACGUAGACAAGAUCAAGGAAAGGUUUCCUGGCUUACCCGUUUUCAUCAUUGGUCAUUCAAUGGGUGGUGCCAUAUCUAUCCUGGCCGGCCUCGAUCGUCCCGACUACUUCACGGGUGUUGUUCUAAUUUCACCUGCAGUGACUCCUGAACAAGACACUGUUGGCUCGAUCCGGAUUUUCUUUGGAAAAAUUCUGGCCAGAAUUCUGCCACAAUGUCCAGUGUUAUGGCUAAGUAAUGAAGAUAUCAGUAGAGACAAAGCUGUUUGUCAAAAGUACAAGGAUGAUCCAUUGAAUUAUCAUGGAGGGUUGAAAGCACGAUGGGCUCUAAGUAUUUUGUUUGCUCUACAAGAAAUUGAGCAAAAGCUGAGCACAAUCAAGUGGCCCUUCUUGGUCAUGCAUGGGGACUCUGAUAAGAUUGUAAACUCCAAGGGAUCGGAAGCUCUGUACAGGGAAGCUGCCAGUGUGGAUAAAACAAUCAAGAUUUACCCAGGUUGUUACCACCAACCUCAUUUUGAUAUUGAACCUGUCAUUUCUGAGUCUCUGCAAGAAAUUGUUGAUUGGGUGACUAAGCGUCUGCAGUAG